UGUAUUGUUGGCAGUCGUCACUCAAAAAACUAUAAAAAUCCAAACAUUUAUUAAAACAAUUGUGCGAUUCAAACAUUUUAAAUGGCUAGCCCAAGUUCUCAUGAGAUUUUGUCAGUAAAUGAACCAUUAGAUGAUAAUGAAUCAUUGGCAUCAUCUAUUGUGGAGUCGAGUAUAGUGGAUACUUCAUCAGAAGCGGACGAGGAUUUUUUAGAAGAUUGCGAUGAUGACUCACAGAAAUAUACAAACAUCUCUGAACUGCCAAUUUAUAACAAAUUGUUGAAUUCCAAUUCAUUAAGCAAACAAUUAGGACAAAUAACGCCUUUGGCCACCUACAAUAAUGUCAGUGUUUCAAAUUCAACGAAUGUGGUUUUUGGAAAUGUUAUUAAGGUUAAAGGUGUUUUAAAUAUAAAUGUUUAUAAAGAAACAAAUAAGAAUAAUGACGAAAAUAUUAAUCCGUCAUAUAAAAGCAGGGAAUCUUCUCAGAUUAACAAAAAAUCAUCAAAUGAUUAUGUCAGCAAUUCAAUAUGCCGGAUAAUACCUCGCAAUUGUUGGUUUGCCUUGGAGCCGUUAAAUGAAUAUGACUACAUAAAGGAACCUAUUGACAUUGUUAUUAUAUCUCAUAGUGCCACUGAUAGUUCCAUUAGUUCAACAACAAAUAUGGAAAUAUUACGAAAUAUUCAGACUUUUCACGUCGACUCACAAGGCUGGGACGAUAUUGGCUACAAUUUUCUAAUAGGAUGCGAUGGUAAUAUUUAUGAAGGUCGUGGUUGGGGUGUUGUUGGUGUCCAUACGUUUGGUUACAACAGUAGAUCCAUUGGUAUUUGUUUUAUUGGCUCUUUUUCGCGUUCAUUACCAACAGAAAAGGCUUUAGAAUCAUGUAAAAACUUACUUAAAAGAGGAACUAACGAAGGUCAUUUAACACAAAAUUACAAACUAUUAUGUCAUCGACAAUGUAUAUCAACUGUUAGUCCUGGAAGAUUGUUAUAUGAAGAAAUAUCCAAAUGGGAAAAUUUUUACAACAAAGGCAUAGAUGAUAAUUUAAAGAAUUAGAAAAAGGAAAACAUUGUGAUUUUAAAUUUUAUUCUUAUGUAGUUUUUAUUAUUUAUUGUGAUCUAUAAAGAAUAAUAAAAAUACUAUUUUUAAUACGAUUUACCGUUGAAA